CUCAGAAGGCCUCCCCUCCCUGGACUGGCUGGGGGGAAGCUGAGAGAGGGAGCUUUCCCAGGCCCCCACACCUGCUGGCCUGUCUCUUUAAAUCGCAGGUAAUUUGGGAGGAGUAAGGGAGUGUCUUCAGGGCUCCUGCUUCUCCCAGGAGGAGAGAGCUCCUGCCCAGGGAGCUUAGUGGCAGAGUCCCAGCUCUGCCAAGUGUAACGAACUCCUCCGAACUCCUCCGAGGGAGGCCUCUUGUGUUUGGAGGCUUGCACCUCGGGGAGACUCCGCGGGGCCCGGGAGGCCCCCCCGAGACGGCACCUCUCCGGGAAGAGGGCAGGCCAGCCCUUGGGGCUGCCCAUGUGGCCCCCAGGCUGAGUCCAGGUGGGGUCUGGCCUCGGCCCCAGUCCCCCAAGGAGCCGGCCCUCUGCUCCAUGGGGUUGCCGCUGCCCAAGGAGAAGGGGUACAUCCUCUGCCUGUGGAGAAAGCUCUGUAGAUGGUUCCAGAGGCAGGAGUCAUGGGCCCAGAGGCGGGACGAGCAGAACCUGCUGCAGCAGAAGAGGAUCUGGGAGUCUCCGCUCUUGUUAGCUGCCAAAGAGAACGAUAUCCAGGCUCUGAGCAAGCUGCUCAAGUAUGGGGCCUGUGAUGUCCACCAGAAAGGAGCCGUGGGGGAGACGGCACUGCAUGUGGCCGCCCUCUAUGACAACCUGGAGGCCGCCACGGUGCUGAUGGAGGCUGCCCCGGAGCUGGUCAAGGAGCCCAUGACAUCUGAGCUGUAUGAAGGUCAGACGGCGCUGCACAUAGCGGUCAUGAACCGGAACGUGAACCUGGUGAAAGCCCUGCUCGCCCACGGGGCCAGUGUCUCUGCGAGGGCUGUAGGCUCUGCCUUCCGCCUCAGUCCUCACAAUCUCAUCUACUUUGGGGAGCACCCUCUGUCCUUUGCCGCCUGCAUGGGCAGUGAGGAGAUCGUGAGGCUGCUCAUUGAGCAUGGCGCUGACAUCCGGGCCCAGGACUCCCUGGGAAACACAGUGUUGCACAUCCUCGUCCUCCAGCCCAACAAAACCUUUGCCUGCCAGAUGUACAACCUGCUGCUGUCCUACGACAGGCGAGGGGACCACCUGCAGUCCCUGGACCUCAUGCUCAAUCACCAGGGCCUCACCCCCUUCAAGCUGGCCGGAGUGGAGGGCAACACAGUGAUGUUCCAGAACCUGGUGCAGAAGCGGAAGUACAUCCAGUGGACGUGUGGACCGCUGACCUCCACUCUCUAUGACCUCACGGAGAUCGACUCCUCAGGGGAGGAGCUAUCACUGCUGGAACUUAUUGUCAGCUCCAAGAAGCGAGAGGCUCGCCAGAUCCUAGACCAGACGCCAGUAAAGGAGCUGGUGACCCUCAAGUGGAAGAGAUACGGGCGGCCGUACUUCUGUGUGCUGGCAGCCACGUACCUGCUGUACAUCGUCUGCUUCACCGUGUGCUGUGUGUACCGCCCCCUCAAGCCCAGGACUGACAAUGAAACCGACCCCCGGGACAGCACCCUCUGUCAGCAGAAGCCACUUCAGGAGGCCUAUGUGACCCACCAGGACCACCUCCGACUGGUGGGAGAGCUGGUGAGCGUCUUUGGGGCUGUCAUCAUCCUGUUCAUAGAGAUUACAGACAUCUUCCGAGUAGGACUCAGUCGCUUCUUCGGACAGACCAUCCUUGGAGGACCAUUCCACAUCCUCUUCAUCACCUAUGCCUGCAUUGUUCUGGUGACCAUGGUGAUGCGGCUCACCAACACCAACGGGGAGGUGGUACCCAUGUCCUUCGCCCUGGUGCUGGGCUGGUGCAACGUCAUGUACUUUGCACGAGGAUUCCAGAUGCUGGGCCCCUUCACCAUCAUGAUCCAGAAGAUGAUUUUUGGCGAUCUGAUGAGAUUCUGCUGGCUGAUGGCCGUGGUCAUCCUGGGCUUUGCCUCGGCCUUCUUUAUCAUCUUCCAGACAGAGGACCCCAAUGAGCUGGGCCAUUUCUACAAUUACCCCAUGGCGCUCUUCAGCACCUUUGAGCUGUUCCUCACCAUCAUCGACGGCCCCGCCAACUACGACGUGGAUCUGCCCUUCAUGUACAGCAUCACCUACGCUGCCUUCGCCAUCAUCGCCGCUCUGCUGAUGCUCAACCUCCUCAUCGCUAUGAUGGGCGACACUCACUGGCGUGUAGCCCACGAGCGGGAUGAGCUCUGGAGGGCCCAGGUUGUAGCCACCACUGUGAUGCUAGAGAAGAAGCUGCCGCGUUGCCUGUGGCCUCGCUCAGGGAUCUGUGGGCGCAAGUUCGGGCUGGGGGACCGCUGGUUCCUACGGGUGGAAGAGAAACAGGAUAUCAACCAGCAGCGUGUCCGGCGCUACGCCCAGGCCUUCAGCCACCCAGGCUUGGAGGACGACAUGGAAAGACUGUGGCUGGGCGGCCCCUUGGGCCCCUGCCUGUCGCUUCCUACCCCCUCGGUGUCUCGAAGUACCUCCCGCAGCAGCAUCAACUGGGAGAGGCUACGGCAAGGGACCCUGAAGUCAGAGCUGUGGGGGGUGGUCAACAAGGCUCUGGAGGACGGGGAGGGCUGGGAGUACCAGAUCUGAGCUCACCUCCCGCCUCCCUCCUCCAGCCUCCCACCAAAGUCCAGGUCUCUCGCCUGCCAGGUCAGGGCUGGGGCGUAGAACAGGAUACAGGGAAACCGAGAAGCAGGCUCACGCCUCGCCCCAAGCACAGGGCCCAGCGCGAAUAGGCACCCAGCUUCGCCCUCCCCGGCCUUACUGCCCUGUCUGAACAAAGCACUUUACAAAAGGCUGGGGUGCCACCUCGGGCACCAGCCUCCAUCUAGGGUCACAGCCGCAGACAGCCACAGAGGUUUGGGGAGGUGUGCCGAGCAGAUGGGUACCGCUGGGAGGGGAUGGGGUGUGACACCGCCUCCCACCUUCCAAUAAAGCCACUUUCCGUUCACUCCU